AUGGCCGAUUCCAGCAGAUUAGCACCCUCCAAGUCGGAGGGAACCCAUACUGACGAUGAAAAUGCUCUAACUCCCGACGAUACUACGACCCCAUCUCCAUCUCAAACUUCAUCACCUCAGCAGCAUCCUGUGGUCGAUCCGCACAAACUAGGCGAUGCCUCCAACAGCCCUCGAAUAUCGAGGAAUCCCUCCUUCUCGGGGAGUAGUUCCUAUCAUGAAGAUUGGGACUCAUAUCCUCCGCUGGAUAGAUUAACUGUCCUUGACCUUCUCGAUAAUUUCGCCCUACCACAGCAGUUAGAGAAGCUGCAAAGAGGAAUAUCAGCGCAGACGGAGAAAGUCCGCAAAUCGCGAGCCGCUCUUAAGAAUAGAGGCCAGGUGGCCAAGGAACGCAUGGUCGAAGAAUGGCGGCGAAGGGUACCCGAUGCUGAUGAGCAGUUGGUGAGGUAUAGAAAGCGCAUGAAGCAGAGCGUAGAGAAAUUAGGACGCCAAUGGAACGAUACCAAGGUUAUUACGAUGCGCGAGAAGGUCUCGUUCAUCGGUGGUGUUAUGAACAUUUUUAUCAGUGGUUACUUGUUGGGCGCUUACCCCGAGUAUUUUCACGUCUGGUACACGGCCCAGCUCGUCUACUAUAUGCCCAUCCGCUUUUAUACCUACCGGCGACGCGGCUACCAUUAUUUCUUAGCCGACCUUUGUUACUUCGUCAACCUACUACUUUUCCUCAGUCUCUGGGUCUUCCCGGCAUCUAAGAGGUUGUUUAUUGCUGCGUACUGCCUGGCUUACGGAAACAACGCCGUGGCUAUUAUAAUGUGGCGUAAUUCGCUCGUGUUCCACGACUUCGACAAGGUCACAUCCCUGUUCAUCCAUAUUAUGCCGUGUGUGACGCUACAUUGCAUAGCUCAUCUAUUCUCACCCGAGCAGCAGCGCGAACGAUUCCCCGCGCUCUGGACCAUCAAGACCUCUCCACCGGGUUCCCCAACCGCUUACGGUAAUCUCAUAUCGAUGCUCGCUUGGUCCACAAUACCGUAUACCGUCUGGCAGCUGAGUUACUAUUUCUUCAUUACGGUCCGCCGGCGCGAAAAGAUCGCCGCCGGCCGCCCGACAUCGUUCACCUGGUUGCGCCGUUCCUACUCCAAUACCUGGAUCGGCAGAAUCGUGCUCUCGCUACCAAACACCUUACAGGAGUUCGCCUUCAUGCUGAUCCAGUACUUAUACGCCGUGUUGACCAUGUUGCCCUGUCCCUUAUGGUUUUACAGUCGUUGGGCAUCAGCUACUUUCCUCAUCGUGGUCUUCGUAUGGAGCGUAUAUAAUGGCUCUACAUUUUACAUCGAUGUCUUCGGCAAGCGCUUCCAGAAGGAGCUCGAGGCCAUGAAGGCUGAAGUUGCUAAGUGGCAGAACAGCCCUGACGUACUCGGAUCUCCUUCGAUGGUUUCCACUCCCGCGCCGGAUGUAGAGCACAAGCUUGGCGCAACCGAUACCGAAGAAGGUGCCGAGGCAGCCGUCAGGGUUCAAGACCCUGCCAGCGGCCGGCGGUUGAGCGUUGAUGACAUCCCGUUGUUACAUGAUGAGAAGCCAGCUAAGGACAGCGAAUCUCUAAAUAAGAACGAUUCGACGGCUAGCGGGAUCGACGAACGUAUUAACGAUGCAGUACGAGCAAGGAAACUUAACGAGGUAAUAUCAUAA